AUGAACGCGAAGGUGACGAGAGCGCUGAAUGAGCGCAAGUUGACGAGCACGAGAUCGAUGAGAGAACGCAGACAGCAACCGGCUCGACGUCGUCAUCGUCGUACGGCUCUCACGAACGGAUUUCGUGCUGUGGAUGCACUUAGGCUGAAGUUGAAGUUGGCUGGAGAUGCUACGGCAUGUCUUGUUGGGGCGCAAAACGUAGAAGAUUAUGGACUUGCCAUUAUGAACAAGUCGUUUGUUAAUUGCCCUGGUUACUUCCAAGGAAUUUGCUUACAGUUACCGAUGGUCCUGUAUUGA